AUGCUGCUGAGCGGAGCUCCUCCCGCGGGCUCCGGCCCCGCGCCGCGGGCGCAGGGGGGCGCUGGGGGCGGCCCAGGGGGGUCUCGUCGAGGAACCGGGGGUGCAGGAGCCGGCCCGGGAGGGGGCGGCAGCGGCGGAGUGGCCAAGUGGCUCCGGGAGCACCUGGGCUUCCGCGGGGGGGGCAGCGGCGGAGGGGGGGCCAAGCCGGCGCCCCCAGAACCCGACUACCGGCCCCCCGCACCCUCCCCGGCGGCGCCCCCCGCGCCGCCCCCGGACAUCCUGGCAGCCUACCGGCUGCAGAGGGAGCGCGACUUCGAAGACCCCUACUCCGGGGCGCCGUCCGCGUCCACGGCCCUCGCCACCCCCGCGGCCCCCGGCCCCACGCCGCCCCCGCGCCACGGCUCGCCCCCGCACCGCCUUAUUCGAGUCGAGACCCGGCCCCCGGCACCCCCUCCGGAGGAGCGGAUCUCUGGCCCCCCAGCCUGCAGCGACAGGUUGGCAAUUCUAGAAGACUAUGCGGACCCAUUUGAUGUUCAAGAAACCGGUGAGGGCCCAUCAGGAGCUUCAGCAGCCCCAGAGAAGGUGCCUGAAAAUGAUGGCUACAUGGAACCCUAUGAAGCCCAAAAGAUGAUGGCCGAGAUCCGGGGCUCCAAGGACACUGCGGCUCAGCCCUUGCCUCUGUAUGACACGCCCUAUGAGCCAGAGGAUGAGGGGGCCACUCCAGAGGGUGAGGGGGCCCUCUGGCCCCGGGAGUCUCGCCUGCCUGAGGAUGAUGAGAGGCCCCCUGAGGAGUAUGAUCAGCCGUGGGAGUGGAAGAAGGAGCGGAUUUCCAAAGCCUUUGCAGUUGACAUUAAGGUCAUCAAAGACCUACCUUGGCCUCCGCCUGUGGGACAGCUGGACAGCAGCCCCUCCCUGCCUGACGGGGACAGGGACAUCUCCGCUCCAACCUCACCCCUCCCUGAGCCCAGCCUGGAGGACAGCAGCGCCCAGUUUGAAGGAUCUGAGAAGAGCUGCCUGUCACCUGGCCGGGAGGAGAAGGGGCGGCUACCUCCCCGACUCUCCGCAGGGAACCCCAAGUCAGCCAAGCCCCUAAGCCUGGAGCCCAGCAGCCCCCUGGGGGAGUGGACAGACCCAGCACUGCCUUUGGAAAACCAGGUCUGGUACCACGGGGCCAUCAGUCGAACAGAUGCCGAGAACCUGCUCCGGCUGUGCAAAGAGGCCAGCUACCUGGUGCGGAACAGUGAGACCAGCAAGAAUGACUUCUCCCUCUCCCUCAAGAGCAGUCAGGGCUUCAUGCACAUGAAGCUGUCCCGGACCAAGGAACACAAGUAUGUGCUGGGCCAGAACAGCCCGCCCUUCAGCAGCGUCCCUGAAAUCGUGCAUCACUACGCCAGCCGCAAGCUGCCCAUUAAGGGGGCCGAGCACAUGUCCCUGCUCUAUCCCGUGGCCAUCCGGACUCUGUAGACGCGAGGCCCGGGCGCGCUGUGACGGAUCUGGACCCAGCCCUGCGCCCACCCCCUGGCCGAAUGCUGUGGCUCUUCCCGGGGACGCGACCUGUGAUCUCCCAAACCUUUCUUCCCCUCUCCCCGAUACCGAGUGGAAGCUGGAGAUUCCUUAAUUUAUUUUGCAGGGGAAGGGCUAGCAGAGCCUCGGUGGCAAGGGUGGCCUGGAGCUGAGGACAAAGACUCCCUGGGGAAGGGCUAGCCCUGGGGGAAGGUGGCUUCAGGACCCUGGGUCUCCCGGGGGGUUUCAGAUCUGCAGCUCCAGCCCCUUUGCGCCCCUCGGGAGGCGGUGGCGACCCCCCCCCUUCCCCUGGGCCAGCGCGAGGGGGAGCUGGUGGCGGCUCGCGGGGCGCCAGGACCGC